UAGUAUCUAAAAUUUCAAGGCUUUCUGAUGGAUGACUUUCUUAAUUGCCCUAGAACGUUGGAACUUGAAUGCGAAUGAAUUUUCGGGCUUUAGUUGUUUUCCUGAGAGAAGAGGCCUCUCAGAUGGUCAACAUGAAUUCUUCAUGAAGAAAGUCUGCGCUGUCACUACUACUUCGCCAAAUACCUAUCUCUCCCUUUAUCCCUGUUUUCAAAAACGGUUCUGUAGCGAACCCUCAUAAAACCUUGGCACCCAUCCCUCUCAAACAAGAACAAUAUGAAGCACCCACAAAGCUCACUUUGUCACCGGAAAGAAUUCCAAGUGCAGAAUAAACGCCAUGUCUAACAACAAUAUGAAGAAAUCAAGGCCAUGUAGUACACUCUACAUCGCCACUCCUUUAUUUUGUCCUUCUCGAAGAUGUACCAAUACCCCCCCUUCCGAACAAUCUCCAUUCAUUGAGCUCAAAAUUUCGACAUAGAGACAAGUAAAAUGUCAGCGACCACCACAGCAACCGAAAACACGGGUUCCAUCUACCGCAAAUUCUGGCGAUCCGAGGAUGUGGAAAAUAAAACUGAAAAGAACCUCGAGAAGAGGAAAGAGAAAGGGUCGAAACUCGGAAACGCGUACGUUGAUACCCAGUUACACAUGAACAAGGAAUUGACACAAGAAUAGAUACUACGACCUGGCAACCGACAAUUAUGAGGAUGGCUGGGGUCGUAAGUUUCAUUUCUGUCGCCUUCAGCCCGGGGAAUCUCUCGACGCCGGGCUUGCCCGUCACGAGUUCUUUCUCGCCCUCAACCUGGAAUUGAAGCCAGGGAUGAGAGUCCUCGAUAUCGGGUGUGGGAUUGGAGAGCCGGCUCGAGAGAUUGCCGCGUUUGCUGGUGUGCAUGUGACUGGGAUCACGAUAAAUAAAUUUCACGUUGCCAGGGCGAGGGUGUUGACAAAGUUGUCGACUCUGGGGGAUGAGCAUGUGAAGUUUGAGGAAGCGGAUUUUUGCGUAUGGUUCCUUCACUUCCAUUCUCUAUUGGGAAUCUGUGUUGAUCCUCAAUGAAUAGAAUAUUCCAUUUCCAGAUAACCACUUCGACGCAGUCUACGCCAUCGAAUCUACAGUCCACGCACCUCAUCUCAAAGACGUCUACAAAGAAGCCUAUCGAGCCCUGAAACCAGGAGCCCUCUUCGGAACCUACGAAUUCCUCAUGACCCCAAAAUACGAUCCAUUUAACGCCCACCACAACGCCGUCAAGCUCCGCAUCGAACGCGGAACAGGCUGUCACGUUAUCACAGGCGAGCCCGACGCAAAGAAAGCCCUUAAAGAAUCAGGCUUCGAGCUCGUUCGUGCUCAGGAUAUGAGCAUCGUGACGAAAGAGGAUAGUAAGGCCUGGUGGAAACCUAUUGAUGGGGAUAUGUCCAGCUUCAGUACUUGGAAGGACUGGGUGAAGGUUUUCUGUCUGAAGAAAUGGGUUUUUGCGAUUGCGUGUUGGAUAUUCCGGCUGGGAGCUCUUCUUGGACUCGUGAAUAGGGAGACGAUCAUUGCUAUGGAGGAGGUUAGUAUGGGUGUUUUUGGGAUGAGAGAUGGAGGAAAAUUGGGGAUUUUUACUCCCAUGUUCUUUAUUGUUGGCAGGAAACCGAUAAAGAAAGAUUGAGGUUGGAGGGAGUUAGUUUGACCUGUAAUAUAGGUAUUUGUAUUAUCUCAUAACCAGUUUCUGGUUCA